UCCUCUUGAGGAACAAAACCCUCUAAGGAUCCCCACUCUUUUCAUCUGCCCAUAGCCUUUUCCACUCCAAUGUCACUCUCUUCUCACAUUUCCAUGUGAUAUUUCCCAACCCCACUCACCCCCUCAAAAUCCAACUCUAUAAGUCUCUAAAAAUCAUCCAUAUCUACAACCAAAAAGUUAUAAGCCCACAACCCCAUCUGAAUUCUGAAAGAGUAUUGAUGGUGAUAGUUUGGUCCCUUUCAAAUCAGCUCAUAUAACAAUUUCUUGGGCCCUUCUAGCUUCUACUACUGUUUUUUGGCUUUGUCUUCUUGGUAUAUCCAGACAAGCCAAACACACCUUUUUUCUUUCUUCGUUAAUCAGUCGACGUUUCUUGAAUCUCUUCUUGCAGCAUUAAAGUUGUGUUUUUUGACUCUUGUUCGAAAAUGGAUGGUGAGAAUUUGUCUGAAUUUUUCGAGGAAUCUGACUUCUGUGAUCAUGCUACUAAUUUCUCCAGUGCAGAUGAUAUUUUUAGUAUUCUUGAAGCUUUUGAAGGAGCUUCUGAUUAUAGUAAGCUGGUAGCAACCCCGCUGGGAGAUAACUCAGCAACCGGUCUAACUGCAGCCUCAUCAAAAGAUGGAGAAGAAUCAAAUGAAAGCUUUGAGUUCCAAAAAUCAGCUUAUUACAAUACUGCUUUCCAAGAGUCUGAGACCGAGCUCGAAGCUGCUUCACCAAAAAGUAAGAGACAGAAGCUGAAUGCUGCAACAGCUUCUGCUUCUAAUUCGGAUGAAGGGCAGCAGAGAAGUUCUCACAUAACGGUGGAGAGGAACCGGAGGAAGCAGAUGAACGAGCAUCUCUCGGUGCUUCGCUCGUUGAUGCCUUGCUUUUAUGUCAAAAGAGGUGACCAAGCAUCAAUAAUUGGUGGAGUAGUCAAUUACAUCAAUGAGUUACAACAACUUCUACAAUCCCUCGAAGCCAAGAAGCAACGAAAAGCCUACACCGAUGUUUUAAGCCCUAGGAUCCUCUCAAGCCCGAGACGUUCGCCACAUCCCUCACCCCUCAGCCCACGGAAGCCACCAUUGAGCCCAAGAUUGAGCUUGCCCGUGAGCCCGAGAACCCCCCAACCUAGCAGCCCCUACAAGCCUAGGCUGCACAAUCUGCAGACUUCAGGCUACCUCAAUUCUCCAUCUCUUUCAAGCCCGGUCGAGCUUUCUCCUUGCAAUUCUUCCACUUCUUCCAAUGUUAUUGACAGCAUUAAUGAGCUCGUGGCGAGCUCGAAAUCAGCUGCAGCUGAAGUUGAAGUGAAGUUCUCGGGCCCGAACCUACUGCUUAAGACAGUUUCCCAUCGCAUUCCCGGCCAAGUUGUCAAGAUAAUCUCUGCCCUGGAAGAACGUGCCCUCGAAAUCCUCCAAGUUAACAUCAACACCGUUGAUGAAAGGAUGCUGAAUUCUUUCACAAUUAAGAUUGGAAUAGAGUGCCAGCUGAGUGCGGAAGAAUUGGCUCACCAGAUUCAGCAGACAUUCUGCUAACACGUAGAAGCGCGAUUGUUCUUGGAAAAUGCGACAAUAAAGCAAAUGUGGGAAAGUAACUAUUAACCACCACUGCUGUUUAAUUAGUGUUAACAUGUAGUAAGGAUGUAGUCGUAGAUUAAUUAAUCAGA